UUUGAGACGAAAAUAGUGAACAAAACCAUAGAUUCCUAUGAGAUAUGAAUCAGUGAUCCACUGAACGCCACACAAGACAUCGCUCGCAGCGCUUCCAACCAUCGGAUCCACGCAAUGGCCGCUUCACUCAACACGACCGACGAGUUGGUGGUGUCUUAUCCGUCAAACAAGACUCCAUUCCUCAUUGGCGUCACUGGCGGAACCGCUUCGGGAAAGUCGACGGUUUGCGACAAAAUAAUGGAACAGUUGGGCGAAGACAGUGUCGCCAAUCGUGAGCGUCGAGUGGUCUGUAUAUCUCAGGACAGCUUUUAUCGGUCUCUGACUCCCGAGGAGAGGGCCCUCGCCUUCAAAGGCAACUUCGACUUCGAUCACCCGACGGCUUUCGAUGAGGACCUCAUGGCGAGCACUUUGAACGACAUUCUUGAGGGCAAAACCGUUCGCGUCCGACAGUAUGACUUCAAAGAGCACACUGUGUUAGUGAUGAGUCCAGUGGACACACCAUUCCUCCACAUUCUUGUCGUUACUAAUUGUUGUGAUUCUUAUGGAAAUAGUGGUGAAACGGAGCAAAUAGUAUAUCCGGCGGAUGUGGUUCUGGUUGAAGGCAUUCUUGUGUUUUAUUUCAAACAAAUCCGAGAUCUCUUUCAUAUGAAGCUAUUCGUGGACACGGAUUCCGAUACAAGACUUUCCAGACGUGUCUUACGCGAUGUGAAGGAGAGGAAUAGGGAUUUGGAGACAGUUCUCAAUCAGUACACGAAGUUUGUUAAGCCAUCGUUUGAGGAGUUUUGUCAACCCACCAAGAAGUGGGCGGAUGUGAUAAUACCUCGCGGGGCCGACAAUAAUGUUGCCAUUGAUUUGAUCGUUCAGACAAUUAAAGAAUUGCUGCAAAACCCUCGAAUCCGUUCGUCGAGUCCAUUGUCACCACCACCUAAUCUGGCGGCACAAAUGGAUCAGUUCAGGAGGUCUGCCGUCACUCGCAGUGUGUCGGUCGGCAGCUCUUCGCGUCCGCAUUGAAUGCCUGUCCCAUCGGAUAAAUACCUAAUCUUAUUGUUAUUUCUGAUAAAAUAUAUUCAUUUUUGUUGUGCAAUACGUUCGACGCCUUUACAUAUUAUAACUGUUUUUUGUUUUUGAAACUAUUUUUAAGUAUUUUAUUUGAACGAAACUAAGACUAAAAUAUAAAUGAUAUAUAAAAGUAUAUUUACCGGU